AUGACAGACAUUCUACCUAUCUCUUGCAUCUCCUGCAGAAGGAAGAAGAUAAAGUGCAACAAGUUGAAACCUUGCAACCAAUGCAUUAAGAGAUCCAUACCGUGCGAAUUUCCUCCUACAUUUAGAAAUAUCAAAAUCAAUGAAGAAGAAUUAGAUUUCGCAGCCACUUCGAGCAACAUGAGUAGGGCCCUAGAAAAUUUUCCUCAACAGGGAUUUGCAGCUCCACAAACUGGAACGAUCGAACAUAAUCUGGAUGCUACCGAAGCUAGUUUUGUCAGCCUAAGAAGUGAAUUGGACUUGUUGAAAAACGAAAAUUUGCAAUUAUUGCAGGAGAAUUUACGGUUGAACCAACAGAUUUCCCGAACAGGCAUCCCUAAUAAUCCAAGUAUGUUAAAAUAUCAACAGCCCGUGCCUAUCGUUCAAGAGGGAAGGUCAGAAGACUUGCAUGCUGCUCCGAUCUCGAUCCCACCAGAUCAAUCUGAGACAGAUGAAAAAUUCUUCUUUCCGCAAUCUGACAUUUACGGGAUUGAGGCUCAAUUUGCAAAACAACGAAGAGCAUCCCAAGCAAAAGAAAAUAACACAGAUGGAAUUUCAAAGCUACAAAAUGUUUCUUCAAGCACUGGAAGUGAUAUUACUUCUCACCAAGCUUUGAAAAAGGCAAGGAUGAUGUUUGCAAAUACAGACGUAUUAGAUAAUUCUUCUACUUCUUCCGAAUCGAAAAUUUCAGCUCAAUGGGAAAAAUUAAAUGACGACUCAAGUAAAGAAUCAAAGGGAAACAAUUUAAUCCAACAAAGUUUGCUCAAGAAAAAAUUACCAACUUUAAUUCUUGCUUUACUAAAAUAUGAUGAUCCAGAUUUUAGCUCUGAUUCGGACACAUUUCAAGAUUUGCAGAGAUGGAAUUACAAUGUUAUAAUUAGGCUAGUUGAACUAUUCUUCGAAAAGAAUAAUUAUUACGGCACAUUUAUUUCCCAACUGAAAGUUUUUGAAUUUUUAAAGGCAUACCCAAAUUUAAAGGAUAAGGAAUGGGAGUACGAUGAUGAUUUGGUUUUGCUUUAUUUGAUUUUGAUACUUUCUGUUCAAAAAUUGACACCCAAAGAAUUCUUGGAUCUUGAAUUACUUCCAGCAUCUUCUUCUAAAAACAUCCGAAAAUUCAGAAACUACUUAUCUAAGAACAUAUUGUACAACAGUUUUGAAAAGCUUCGGCAUAAUUUGAUUAAUGAGUCUCUGCUCACUAUUCAGGCUUACAUAUUAUGUACCGAAUGGUUAUUUCUUGAACAUAAGUUUGAAGAAUGUUGGUCGAUGAUGUUUCAUACUUGUUCAAUUGCUUAUUCUAUCGGAUUGCAUGUAAUUGGACAAGUGAAGAGAACUCCUUCUUUGAGUAUUCCUGAGAGAAUGUCCGCUGAUAAAAUAAAUGAAUCAGAUGAAACAGACAAUGAAGAAGACGAUGACAGAAGAAAAAUUUGGUUUGCUUUGAAGAAUCUAACAGCUCAAAUAUGUUCUGUCCUAGGAAGGCCAAAUCCAAUAUCAAUUCAGGUGAAUGGUCAAAUUUCUGAACUUGGAAAUCAAAAACUUUCGGAUAAAAUAAACUACACAACAUUAAAAAUUGGAUUAAGUGAGUGUUUAAGGCUAUCAAAUUUGAUGUUGAUUGAAAACUUCAUGAUUGACUUCACUAUUGAGGAAGUUCUACCUUUAGAAGAAAAAUUUAGGGAAGAGAUAGCAAAAUUGGAACUGGUGCUUAAUGAUGAUAUAUUGAGGACAAAUAAAACACAAGGAGAGUCAGAGUGGAAUAAAGUAGACCAAACCAAUCUUUUAAUGGAUUUGAUAACUCUCUACAUAAACAGAGCCAAGUUACUUGAACCAUUUCUUAAGAAAUUUGAAGACCAAGAAAAGCACAACAUUAUUAUUGAAAGAUUUGUCAAUUCCAUACUUCAAAGUUUUGAAUUGUUAAAUUAUUUUGUCGAGAUUUUUUUGAACCAGUUUUUUGAAAAGAAUACAAUCCCUCCAAGGAAGAGAUCAAGUGGUAAUAUACUCGCUCCAAAAGAUGAGAAGAUAGAGAAUCAAAGUUCCCAACAAGAUGUGAAUUCUCUAAUAAAAUUUGAAAGGGUAUUCCGUGUGUACUUUCCGUUUCUUACGUCCUUCAUCUACCAAGGAAUCAUAGUGAUUUUCACAUUUCUUCAUUGCAAAUUUAAAUUGUUUGUUAAUAAUAAUCCAUCUUCUUUAUUAAACAACGAAUUGCUCAAGCAUAUUGAGAUUAAUUUGAAUACUUUGACGAACUUUGAUAGCAGGAUCUCAACCAGAUUGAACUGUAUUUCUAAACUUUGGUCUGCCAACAUCAGAUAUUUGAUUGAUCGAGUUCUAAUUUACAUCAAAAUGAUUUACGAAAGACAAGAGGACAAGUUUCUGCAGUUAUCAGAAAAGAAGAGAAGAAGGGUGCUGCAAAAUAAUCUACUUUCAGGGGACCAAGAUACAAAUCUUAAAGUAUUUGAUUUCAAUACUGGGAGACAAAGUGAGCAACCAUUAGAAAAUACGGAGAAUCCUUUGGAAAGUCCAGAGCUUGAAUAUUUGUAUGGAUUCCAAUUCAACGAUCCUUUUUGGUUAACAAAUCCAGAGAAUUUGCCCUAUUACCUUAGUUCUCCAAGUGAUGACGAUAAAUACAACAACAAGCUUACUCCUACAAAGAGAUCACAACCAUCCACAGACUCAGCUAUAUCUUAUGGCGUUGGGUCUAUGACAGUUGAACCAUCGUUAGCCAAGCCAAUCUCCAGUCAGAUGCCGGUCCCAAUACAUGGAGAUGGUAUGUAUAGCGCACCUAAUCUUUCUACUCAGCAGCAAAACUAUGGAAACCUCUGGCCGAAUAGUAGUGCCCCUCUGAUUUCACAGAAUGUCAUUCAAAUUCUGCAAUCACAAGGACAAUCUUUCACAGUUGGUUUCAACCAACAACUCUCGUUGUUGUUCAAUCAGCCUACAUUUGGUAGUCAUAAUUCGGUAUACAGUGGCUCUACAGCUGGGCAUAUUCCUUCCCAACAAGUCUCAGGUCAAAACCCCCAAGUACAACUUGCUCAUCAACAAGUUAUCCACCCACCAAUUGCCGAUCCCCAGAUUCAGGAAUACAGAAUUCAGGAUCAGCACCAAGAACCAGUCCAGUCCAGAAAUCCAUUCCGGAACACUCUGCGAAACAUGGGCUCCUCUGGAUCCGACGAUUCUAGUUGA